AUGGCUGAACGCACAGAGAAGAAGCCUGUGGGAAUAUUUUUUGAUGUGAUUGUUAGGUUGGACAAAUUUAUUUUCCUGGCUGACUUUGUCAUCUUAGACUGUGAGGUUGAUACCGAGAUGCUCGUUAUUUUUGGAAAACCAUUCAUGGCCAUAUGUAGAGCUAUAAUUGACAUGGAGAAGGGCACUGAAUCUGCUAGUGCUAAGGAUGUUGGUGGUACAGCUUCAGAAUCCUACACCUCUACAUUAGGUGCUGAGCUAGUAUCUAUAAUUGGUGGAUCUAUUGUAACCCCUGCUCCUCUAUCAAAGUUCUCCGAAUCGGAGAUUCUUCAUCAUUCUGUUGGUCAGCAGAAAGGGACUCAGAUGAUGGUCCCUAAGAUUCAGGUUGCUCAGAAUCAGCAUGCUUUGACUCAGGCUCCCCAGACUCAGAAUACACAGACUCAGGCUGCUCAGAAGCUGUUUACUCAGAAGCUGUAUUGUCAGUGGCUCCUUCUCCUCAUAAUCGGAUUCCUCAUGAAGAGUCUCUAA